UUUCAACAAUUUACUUUUAAACUUGUUCUUGGAGCGGAUAAAAUGGAGCAAAUAAUAUUAAUUUUGAUUCUCAACGUCAUGAUUUUGCCAUGUCACUUAGCUUGUGCAGAAGCAACUUUUCCUGAAAUAGAAUGUGGGACAAAUACGCUACCAGGUGGUGGACGUACGUGGGCAGAAACCAGUGUCUCAAAGUACCCUUGGGUGGCAAGCAUUUACUUUAAGGAUCCUUCUGCCAACGAACAGGCAAAGCUUUAUGGAACGGCAUCAAUCGUUACAGCCAAGCAUUUAAUAACUGUCGCUAAAGUUGUUACUUCGAGUGAUACAUAUUAUUCAGACACGUCUCUAGCAAAUUUUUUCGCUGUUGUGGGUGGCGAAUAUGGAAAAGAUGGCAUACUCUACGAUAUCCAAAACAUUUACAAAUAUUUCCUCAUUAAUCACCCUAUCUUGGGUGGUGGGUUAGCUAUAGCGGAAGUGGUGAAUAAAAUUAUAUUUACAGACAAAAUAAGACCAGCAUGCUUACCCGGAAUACAAUCCUAUUCACAUAAUCAACAACAAAAUCAAUCACUUCCAGUCGUAGGCUGGCACUCAGUUAAUUCCAGUGAAACUUCAGUUUUGUAUGAGAUUGAUGUUCAAAUUCAACCUGAGGACUUUUGCCAACAAUUUGUUAACGGAACUUACCCAUCAGAUGAAUUGAUAUGCGGGAUAUGUUCAGACCAAACCACUUCCAAGUUAAAGUUUGGCAAUGGAGGACCUCUGAUGUCCAGCAUAAACGGGAAAACCACCGUAAUUGGAGUGACAGACUCAGAAAUCGGCUAUGAGCUACCGAAUGAAAAUACAGAUGUACCACUUUAUUUCCUAACAACUGAUUUUUACAAUCACAUGGAAUGGAUAAGAAGUAUAAUUCAGCCACCUACGGAAUAAUCCUACGAUGUUAUCAGCAUCUACUGUAUUAUUCAUAAAAUGUGACGAAAAAAGAAUUUGCUUGUAAACAUAAAGUCGAACAGUGCUUCAAAAGUGAAUUUAAAAUUCUUAUAUAGUAAUAAAGACUUUUUUUUUACAUAGAAUGUGUAAACUAUGUAUGUUUGCUUGUUGCUGAAUAAAAAUGGGAUUGAUAUUGACAAAUGCA